AUGCUGUGUGAACGCUGUCAGACACUCCAACAUUUCAGAGACUUAGCAAGAGCGACCACGAGCCCUAGGCUUCCCGAAUACAUAGAAACCCUCACACUUCGCGCUGCAGCACUGGCUGGAUGUGAUCUUUGUGCAAUCAUAUAUAAUGGCUUUAAAUGGUACAGUUAUGUUGAUAGCCGCGAUUUCCCCAACGCUAUACAAUGCUACCCUCCAAUCGAUGUUGACGAGCCAUUUUUUGCUUGGGAAGAUCCGCGUGGGACAGCAGAAGUUUUAGAAUUUUAUGCAGCUGAUGGCGCAGAGAGAAAAUAUUCAGUGCUGAAUCCUGGAAAAGCUGUCUACUCACAUUCCGACUCUGAAGCAUGCUACAAGCUGAUUGAGAACUGGGUUCAAGAGUGCAUACUAAGACAUCCUUCCUGUGCUAGUACGGAAGAAUCACGUCUUCCAACAAGAGUAAUAGAUGUCGGCAAAGCCGGCGACAUUCCAAAGCUUUAUAUCACUCGCAAAGAGUACGCUCCCUACAUUGCACUGAGUCAUUGCUGGGGUAGCUUUCAAAUCAUAACAACAACGAAAGGCACCCUCGGGAUCAGACAAGAAGGAAUUGAGUGGGCUGAUCUUUCGAAGACUUUCCAGGAUGCUAUCACCAUAACGAGAAAACUUGGCGUCAGAUACUUAUGGAUCGACUCUCUGUGCAUAAUCCAGGAUGACUCGGAAGACUGGCAAGUUGAAUCGUCGAGGAUGGGCCCGAUAUAUCGAGAUUCGUAUCUAACUGUUUGUGCCACACUGUCCGCUAAUGGUAGAGGUGGAUGCUUCUCAGAGAGAAGAGUCCAGAGUGGAAAUCUUUCGGAACGCCUUGAUGACCCAGAUGGGAAAUAUCCAUCAGGUGUUUAUGUUCGUCGUAAGUUCGAAGGACAACACAAUAUCCUCGAUCCUUUUGCUACUAGAGAAGUUGAGGCCUUCCCAUUACAUAGCCGAGCUUGGGCAUUUCAAGAGCGAUUGCUAGCCACGCGUGUUGUUCAGUAUACGCGGGAAGAGUUGAGAUGGGAGUGCAAAAGUGACACCAAGUGCGAAUGUGGAGGGUUUGAUUUGCAAAACACAACCGCACAUGGAACUAGGAAUUUCAAGAGUUACUACGAUGAUUCAAAAACGGCAGACAGUAAGACGCUUCGAGAGGCUUGGUCUCGAAUUCUCGAAUUAUUCUCGGAAAGGCAGUUGACUUAUGAGAGUGAUCGUCUGCCAGCAUUGUCGGCUAUUGCGCAAGACGUCCAAAGCGACCUGACUGGUGAGUAUCUUGCAGGAUUGUGGGAAAAGUUUCUUCCAGAAGAUCUUCUAUGGGAGGUAUUAGAGCCUAGGGUUUCAGCAAAAGGCUAUCGAGCGCCGUCAUGGUCAUGGGCAUCACUUGACUCGUCUAAGAUGAUGUGCUUCUCAAGUCGUACACAGUAUGCUGAUGAAGCCAAAUAUCCGCACAGAGUUCAUGUGAGAGUACUGGAAGUGGGUUGUAAACCAGCUGGACGAAACCCAAAGGGUAACGUCCAAAGUGGCUACCUUAAGAUUACCGGGCCAUUACUAGAGUCGACAGAAAUCGCUGCUUUUUAUACCAGCGCCACAAGCACGCGGGAUAACCACAGUGUUGCAGCUUUUCGAUAUCCCGACGAAUUCGCUAGCGAUACGAGCGACACGAAGCUGUUAAAACGACAGGAUAAGUCUUUGCCUCGGAAGCGGGUGUUUUUCCUCAGAUGCAUCACCUUCACAACCAAUCCCGACGGGAAGGCGAAAAAGGUUGCGUCGUUGGUUCUCGUUCCUUCUGACAGAGUUGCUAAUGCAUUCGAGAGAAUUGGGAAAUUGGUACAUGAUAAGUUAGGAGAUGCUGAGGAAUUCUAUCGUGAAUCGAAGGAGACCACUAUUACUAUUGUCUAA